AUGAAUAAUCGUCAAUAUGACGGCAAAUUAUUGGAACUUCGCCAAAUUGGUUCAUCAAGUUCGAUGCCUCAACCAGGUGGCAUUCGUUCAUAUCAAGUAGUUAAUGAUGGAACAGACGAUCAAUUUAUUUUAUAUGGAUAUUCUCGAUCGGUAGCACGAACAACUAUUACAUGGAUAUUUAUUGUUUUAACUGUGGGAUUUCUUCGUCUAAUAUUCUAUUGGAAACCUCAUUGGUUUCUUCAAUGUUGUUGUAUUCGAGCUGAUUUAGCUGUUUGUCAAUAUGUUCUGCUGAAAGAUCGAUAUAAACAAUGGUAUGUAGAAACCGUGCUCACAAUUAAUAUUAAUCCAAAUCCUAAUGAUCCAAAUCAUUCUCGCAAUUCUAUUCCUGCAAAUCCUUCAGGAAUUGGUAGUCUUUCUGAACAACAACAACAAAUAGAUGACAAGGACAUUCAUCGAUAUUUCAUUAAUAAACGAUGGAGUUAUGUUUGGGAAGAAGCUGAAUAUAAAUUUACAAAACUUCUAGGUGUUGAGCACAAUGUUAAAUGUGAUUAUUUUUGUCAGAUUCGUCCAUUAACAGUCGAACAACGUGCUCAAAAAAAAAUAAUUUUUGGUGAAAAUAGCAUCGGUCUACGUCUUACUCCUAUCUUACAUUUACUCAUAAAAGAAGUUUUAUCACCAUUCUAUAUAUUUCAAUUAUUCUCAUGUAUCUCAUGGUUUGCUGAUGAAUAUGUUGCUUAUGCAUCCUGCAUUGUUUUCAUAACUGUUGUUUCAGUUAUCGUCACAUUACGUGAAGUUCGAAAAAAUGAACGAGCUUUACGUGAUACAGUCCAUCAAUCAGAAGUAACAACUGUUGUAACAUACAAUCCUGAAACAAAUGAAGAAGAACAACGCGAUAUAAUUAGUGAAGAUCUUGUACCAGGUGAUGUAAUUAUAAUACGUAGUUCAACAACAAUGCAAUGUGAUGCUGCUCUAUUAAAUGGAAAUGUUAUUGUAAAUGAAUCAAUGUUAACAGGUGAAAGUAUUCCUGUAACAAAAGUUCAAAUACCAUAUUAUCAAUCGUCAUCAGAUCAUCCUGCACUUAGUCAAACGUUUGAUAUUCGCGAUCAUAAUCGAUUUAUAUUAUUCAGUGGUACAUCUGUUAUUCAAACACGUUAUUAUGGUGCUGGUGAUGUACGAGCUAUAGUUCUUCGAACAGCAUUUAGUACAGCUAAAGGUGAACUUGUUCGAUCAAUACUUUAUCCAAAACCAGUUGAUUUUAAAUUUAAUACGGAUACAUAUAAAUAUGUUGGUGGAAUGGCAUUAAUUGCCUUAGGUGGCAUGAUCUUUUCAUUAAUAUUACGGAUAAUGCGUCGUGAAAGUGCUGGUACCAUUUUUAAACGUACUAUUGAUGUUAUUACAAUUGCUGUACCACCUGCACUUCCUGCUGCCCUAUCAGCUGGUCUUGUUUAUGCACAAAAUCGUUUAAAAAAAGAUAAUAUUUUUUGUAUUAGUCCUCGUUCUAUUAAUAUAUGUGGUUCAAUUAAUACUGUUGUAUUUGAUAAAACAGGAACAUUAACUGAAGAUGGACUUGAUCUUCAAUGUGUCUUACCAAUUCUUCGUUCAUAUGAUACAAUGAAUGAUACGAAACAAAUUGAAUUUGGUUCUGAAAUAACUGAAGUAACAGAUUUAAAUUGGCGUGAUGAUGAAGCUCAUAGUAUGAUUAUUGUUUGUAUGGCAGCAUGUCAUACAUUAACAAGAAUAAAUGGUGAAAUUGCUGGUGAUCCACUUGAUCUUAAAAUGCUUGCAUUUACACAAUAUGAAUUAUAUGAACCAGCAGCAAGUGAACAAUCUAAUUUUGAUAUACUUUUUCCAACAAUUGUACGACCAAUAAGUACAUCUAAACAUACAACAUCACCAUUAGGUAGAUUUUCAGGUUCCGUUAGUUCACUUAUUGCUGGAAAUAUUCCAUUUGAAAUUGGUAUUGUUCGACAAUUACCAUUUAGUUCAUCACUUCAACGAACAAGUGUUAUUGUUCGAAUUCUUGCAAAAGAUUCAUUUGAUUUAUUAACAAAAGGUUCACCAGAAAAAAUAGCUGAACUUUCAAGAUCUGAAACAAUUCCAAAAAAUUUUAAUGAAAUACUUUCAUCAUAUGCUACACAAGGUUAUCGAGUAUUAGCACUUGCUUAUAAACCAUUAGAAUUAAGUUAUGUUAAAAUUCAAAGAAUUGAACGAGAAAAAAUUGAACAUGAUCUUAUCUUUCUCGGUCUUGUGAUUAUGGAAAAUCGUCUUAAGCCACAAACAGAAGGAGUUUUAAAAAUUCUGUCAAACGCUAAUAUUCGAACAAUAAUGUGUACUGGUGAUAAUAUGUUAACAGCAUUGAGUGUUGCUCGUGAUUGUGACAUGAUUCCUGAUGAUGCUAAAAUAAUUGUUAUUGAAGCAACUGAAUCAAAUAGUACACCGACAUUUUCUUAUGCUCAAGUUUAUAAUAGAAGAGUCAAAGAAGUUCGUUAUGAUCUUAAUUCUCAUCGAUUAAUUGAACUUGAUCGUCGUUCACAAUAUCAUUUUGCUAUAUCUGGUAAAUCAUUCCAAAUUGUUCGCGAUGAACACCCUGAAUUAUUACAUCGAUUAUGUGUACGUGGUACAGUUUUUGCACGAAUGUUACCCGAACAAAAACAACAAUUAAUUGAAACAUUGGAAGAACUCGGGUAA